UGUUCGACGUAAACAUUGUCACUACGUGCAAUUUGUUUCUUGUUAAUCUCGCAAACGUUUACGUUAGUCCUUUUGGCAAGUACGAUGGCAGAGACCGCACCAACUCCAGCAGCUUCUACUUCCAAAGCUCCUAAAAAGAAAUCCGCAUCAAAAGCGAAGAAGUCCGGACCAAGCGUGUCAGACUUGAUCCUGAAAGCUGUAUCUGCUUCUAACGAGCGCAAAGGCGUGUCACUGGCCGCGCUGAAAAAGGCACUCGCGGGCGGCGGAUAUGAUGUUGAGAAAAACAACUCGCGCGUCAAGCUCGCGCUGAAGGCUCUCGUGAAGAAGGGGUCGCUCGUGCAGACUAAAGGCACCGGAGCAUCCGGCUCGUUCAAAGUGAGCAAAGGCGGUACAGUGAAGAAGCCGAUCAAAAAGGUUGAAGUCAAAGCCAAGAAACCUGCGCCGAAAAAGCCAGCAGCUAAAGCUGUAAAACCUAAAAAGGCACCAGCUAAGAAAGCUGCUCCUAAAAAGGCGCCCAAGAAAGUAAAGAAACCUGCAGCGGCUCCGGCUAAAAAAGCCACAAAGAGCCCGAAGAAGGCGAAGAAGCCCGCGGCGAAGAAAGUGGCCAAGAGCCCGAUUAAGAAGGUCAAAGCCGUGAAGCCUAAAGCAGGCAAACCCAAAGCAGCUAAGGGGAAGAAGUCGGCUGCCAAGAAGAAAUAAGCAAGUAACAGAAACGCUCUUCAAGAGCCACCGAGAUGUCACUUAAAUGGGUUAAAUUUUGGACUGAGCAUGCGCAGAACUAAUUAAAAAUACUACGAACUACAGGAGUGGUGCAAGCGUGCUAACUGUAGAGGAACACCAGCGAGAUUAUACACAGCAAAACAAACGGCGGCACACUGAACAUCAGCCAUGUCUUCAUCCGAGUUUUUCACAGGAGAAACAGAUAAUUCAUGGUUUGUGGAUAAUUUUUAUUUUUUAAUGUCUUUCUUUUUUAUUGAUAAAAUUGCGACAACUCAUUGUAAUUUUUUUUAUAUACAUGUAAUUGUCCCAAAGUAAUAAGUAACAAUCUUGUCUGCUCCGUUCCGGUAGAGAAAGUAGUGUUUGUUUUUUGUUUGCUUGUUUUUCACACGGAAGUGUCGCUUCGUUCCAGUAAACAGUGAUGGAAUAUUUGAAUAGAAAUAAUUCUAUUGAUUUAGUGAACUCUGAAAACACAACACACUAUCACUACCUCUGCACACGAUGCACAAAUCCCAUUAAGGCUUUGUGCAGCUUUCCAAUCUCUCUUCGAGCCGCUUAGACCACAGUCCUGGAUAAAAACUCUCACACUAAAAACUCCAAGUGUACAUUACAUUUAAACUUUUACUUUUUCCAUCUCGUUACCAAACCUCAUUUUCUGUAAUAGUUUUUGCUCAUGUUUGUCCAAUUUUACCUGUCUUUGUGUACAUAUAUACACUGAUAAAAACGUCCUGUAAAUAGUCAAAACAAAGAUGUUAAUUUAUUUAUUUGUGUAACAAUAACUGCUUUUCUGUAGUUGUGAUAUAACAUGUUUCUUUGACUCAUUAAAACUUUUAUGCAUUUAUGUAAGAAAUAAACAAAUAAACGUGUAAAAUCUGA